AUGGAUUCAAUUGCUAAACUGCACAGCCAUCAACAACCCCUUAACCUCUCACUCAAUCCCCACCGUCUAUCAUUUCCUAAACCCAUCACUUUCCUCUCCUUCAAAACGCGGCCUCCGUCAUCAUCACCCUUCAAACUCUCCACCUCCAUCAGAGCCUCAUCCUCAUCCCGCACCACCCCACCCAAUCAAACCCUCACCACUAUCAUCAGAACGACUUCCAUCACUCUCACGGCCGCUGCCGCAUUAUUCUUCACGCGCUUCAACAUCAAAUCCGCAAUCGCCUCCCCGGUCGCCACACCAUCCACAGUGGAACCCACAAAAGAAUCAUCGAAAGAAAAUGUUUCGCUUGAAGAACAAGAGAGAGCUCUUCAAGAUCAUCUGGCUCAAAACCCCAAUGAUAUCGAAGCUCUACGGUCUCUUAUGGAGGUGAGGAUCAAAUCAAAGAAACUUCUAGAAGCAAUUGAAGUUGUUGACCGAUUAAUCGAGCUGGAGCCAAAUGAAGAUGAAUGGCCAUUGUUGAAAUCACAAAUUUACACUUACAGUGGAGAUUUUGAGUCCGCUAGAGAUGGUUUUGAAGCAAUUUUACAAAAAGACCCACUUCGCGUCGAGGCUUAUCAUGGCCUUGUAAUGGCGAAUUCGGAAGCCGGUGGUUCCUUGGAAGUUGUGUUGAAAAGAAUUGAGAGUGCAAUGGAUAAAUGUAAGAAAGAAAAGAAGAAUUCGGAUUUGAGGGAUUUUAAGUUGUUAAUUGCGCAAGUUAGAGUAAUGGAGGAGAAGUAUUUUGAUGCAUUGAAGGUUUAUGAGGAGUUGGUGAAAGAGGAACCGAGGGAUUUUAGGCCGUAUUUGUGUCAAGGAAUAAUUUAUACUUUGUUGAGGAAGAAAGAUGAAGCAGAGAAAAAGUUUGAGCAGUUUAAAAAGCUUGUUCCGAAGAAUCAUCCUUAUAGGGAGUAUCUGGUUGAUAAUAUGUUUGCUACUAAGUUCUUUUCGGAGAAAGUAGAGAGGGAGAGGAGUUGA